AUGCGUACCAUUGAUCACGUCGCAUUUGCCAUGCCAUGUAACUCAGCUAAAGUUGCCAUGGAAUGGUAUGAAAAUGUACUCGGCUUCAAGCGUUUUGUUGUUAAUCAAGAAGACGAUCCAUUUCAAGGAUUCACUGUGCGUGUUGGUUCUAUGGGCAUGCGCAUGUUUUCAAGUGUCUAUUGGAAAUGUUCUGAGACAGGCUGUGGUGAUACAGCAUUAAAGCUGAAAUUUGUUUUUGCUGAAUCAUUGAUUGAUCCAGAUUCAGGUAACUAUCAAAUAUUCAUGUCGGUCUAA